AGGGUCUAGUCAGGUACAUGUUGUUGUCCAAAGCUGUACAUGUACCUUGUCAGUACAGUAAGCUGAUCAUUCAGCCAUUCUCUGCAAAGCAAGCACUUGCAAUUUGGAUAAGAGAUCUAAAAAUGGACAACCACUUAUCUGGGCAUCCUUUGCAGUACAAGAUAGCUGCACCUGUACUGUUUCAUGCAGAAAAUGGCUACCCCACAGUUUCAUCAGAACAUUGCGCCGAUGUUACCAACAACUUGCAGCUCUCUAACGGGGAAAAAUCUGGAGACGAUAACUGCACGUUACCACACCUGAGUUUGCAAAGAAAUGUACUAGGUGAAGGCCAUCCUCCAAUGAAGCAGACUAUUUGCAAAGGACCUCAAGAUCUGGCUGCUUGUAUCAAACAGGAGAAUAAUUUGAUGCAGUGUGCCCAUACGAGACGAGAAGCUCCAAAUACUCUAUGCUUUCAGAGAACAAGAAAACCAAGUCACGAUCAGGAUGCAUCAUUUGAGCAAAAUCCCUACCUCAGCCCUCAAAGCAAAUUAAGAGCCCAACAACGUUCACUUCUUCCUCAGUUGUCUAGUUGCAUCUCCGGUAGUAACACAGAUCUGGAUGAUUUUUCUUCUGCAAUCCCACCAAUAAACUCCCUGUCUCCAUAUCUUGGCUCUGGCAUCAGUGAAGUUCCUUCUUUCCCUUCGUUGUUGAGUCCACACAGCUCGACUCACCAUCUCUCCAGAAAGCGAGCUCUCUCAAGUUCACCUCACUCUGACCUACUCAGUGAUCUGUAUCGUUCCUCUCUUACAGCAGCAAUGUUCCCAAUGCCACCAAAUGGACAAGUCGAACCCAUCCCCGGAGCUCCAGGACACUAUCGCUUGCAAAAACAAAAGACUUCAAUCGAACAAAACCAAAAUCUGGAUGGAUCAAUGGACACUACCAUCACCAACAAAAUAACUUUCACGGAACACCGUCGGAGAAGUUUAUUGAGAUACAGCUAUCCAGGAAAUGAGCAGCCAAGUAACCUUGCAGUACACCAGGUUUCCGCUGCUCAACCCAUCGAAUAUUAUGACCAUCUGAGCCCUAGGAGCAACUGUAGCAUGACCUCGCACUCAACAUCAACUCAUUCUAACCAACCGAGAGAUGAUAUGGAACCAUAUGUGUGUUUGUGGGAGGGCUGCAACCAGAUGUGUGAUGAGCAAGAGGAUCUGGUCCAGCACAUCGAGAGUCGACAUGUGGAAAAAGGAAAAUCUGAGGACUUCACCUGUAUGUGGAAAGCAUGUAUUCGAAAGAAAAAACCAUUUAAUGCUCGAUACAAGCUGCUCAUUCACAUGCGGAUCCACUCUGGUGAAAAGCCUAACAAGUGCACAUAUCCAGGAUGCUGCAAAGCGUUCUCUCGUCUGGAGAAUCUUAAGAUCCAUCUCCGCACUCAUACGGGAGAGAAGCCGUACACCUGCCAGUUCUUUGGUUGCAACAAAUCAUUUUCUAACUCAUCCGACAGGUCCAAGCACCAGAAGACUCACAUUGACCAGAAGCCCUAUGUGUGCACUCACCCUGGCUGUACUAAACGCUACACUGACCCAAGCUCUCUGAGGAAACAUACAAAGUCACAUCUGCAAGAACGGAAGAAGCCUCGGCAAGAAGACGGUACUGAACAGCUAGGUAACUGCCUCACAGUACAAUCGCUAACUGUCUCUGAACCAAGGAAAUCGAUUACUAACAAACCACCUCCCCGUGAGAAACUCAGACCAAUCAAAACGGAGCCUAAUCCACACCUCGCCCAAUACCCAUUGUCAAGUGGACACCCAAUGAACUCUGUGUUUGCACCGAACCACCCACCUCCACCCCUCUUAACCUCCUACCCAAAUACGCUCUCUCACUCCCACAAUAUCUCACAGAAUGGUUAUCAGCUGUCUCACGCAGCUCCCUUGGCAACUGUACAUCACAUGUCUCAAGCUUCGCCCACUAGGAAUCCUGCUCACCAUCUCGUAGUCUCUCAAGGCGUGUUUGUAUCCGAGCAACCAACUUCAGACGACCAUAUGUACAGCUCCGACCCCUCCAGCCCCAUGCAAGUGGUCUACUCCCCUCCACAACCUGAGUACAGCAACGGCGUGAGGCUCUCGAUGUACCCGACUGGUCAUUACUCCCAACCCCCUCCUAAUUAUGCUGAGGCCGUUGGUUUAGGUGCAAGUGAGUAUUCUCAGCUACAAGUGCAUCCUGAAAACGGAUAUUACUCCAUUCCUGAGUUCACUGCACAGUAGAAAUUGACUGUAUACUUACUGUACGUUUUCAACUGUUGCUCGUUCCCUAUAAUUAUUUAUCCAUAUGCCAUGGCAUUUUUUUCAUAAUUAUUAACGAUGUAUAAUACCUAUGUUUACUAUUUCUUGUCUUUUCAAAUUGAUGAUUUUUUCCACAG